AUGUUCUCCAGAUUCCGCCCUCGACAUGCAACUCCAGCUUCGCCAACACCAAUGUUUCGGCCACCGCCACCACCAAAUUACACUCCAUCAGGCGGUCUUGCUCACGAAAUCUCAUCAACAAGUAAUGCCGAGCUGGAGGACUACGAGCUAGCAGACCGAUUCUGUCGAGCCCAUCCUAACGCGCUGCCUGCACGUAUCUUUCCACCCGACAGUCAACACAGCGCAAACCAAUGGGGCCUGGUCCCCGAUCCAAACAUCAUAUGGAGCUCUCCAGGGCUGUCUCAAUCGCUUGCCAGUCUCCAAUCCCUCGGGGCUGCUUCUGUCAGCAUAGCUCUCGGGCAAGCCCUUUCCAACGCCACAGCGAGUAAUCACCAGCUCCAACUGCUUGGAUUCGAUCCACAGUCACGAGCCGCACAUUUCCAGAAUCGCGGCGAUAACUGCUUCACGAGCAACCUUCCUCUUAUUCCCGGGCACUAUAUUUCACCCCACAAACUUGGCGUUUACUUCGAGAUCACGAUUCAAGAGCUGUUGGGCGAUGCCACACUUGCAAUGGGCAUGCAAUGUCUUCCAUAUCCUGCUCACCGCCUUCCCGGAUGGCAUCGUCGUAGCGCCGCCCUCCAUCUUGAUGACCGUCGUCUUUACUUUGAAGAUUCAGAAGGCGGAAUCGACUACCUCAACCCUGUAACUCAAGAGCCCAGCAUCCCAGAAAUCCAUGCGGGCGACACCAUCGGGUGCGGCUACGAAUUCAAGCGCACCGGCGUAGGCCGCCUAUUCUACACAUUCAACGGCCGCCCCCUCUCGACCGCAUUUCCCGGAAUAUUCGACCGCACCCGCGACGACGGACGGGAGAUGGAUGUGUUCGCUGCGGUGGGCGUGACAAACGGCCCCUGCGCGUUUCAGGUGAAUUUCGGCGGGGAAGAGUUUCAGUGGAAGGGCGAUGGAAGCCAACGCUGGAGUCCUCAUAUGUGGACCGUGGAGGGCAUCCUUCAACAGCUUGGAGAUCGUCCUCCGCGCUACGAUAUGUACCAGAUCGAACGCAGUCUAGCCGCCCCUAAUUCGUAA